UCCCGCCAAUAUGCCCGAUGAUCCUGAUGGCGUCAUCUGGACCAUCGAUGCCUUCAAUACAUCUCCUGAAAAAAGCAAUUUCAAAUACGACCAUGUAACAUCCACCAACAAUAGCUGGAGCAGCAAGACUGCCGUAUCAUCACACUACAAUGGUGGUCAGGCAUUUGAAUAUUUCAGAAAUGUUCAUGGUCGAAAAUCUAUCAACGGACAAGGAGGCAACAUUAUAUCAUUCGUCAAUGUAGCAGAUGAUGAUGGAUCAUCUAUGGGCAAUGCAUUCUGGAAUGGUCAGGCCAUGUUUUACGGCAAUGGCGAUGGUGCCUUCCAACCAUUGGCUCGCGGGCUUGAUGUAGCUGGUCACGAGAUGUCGCAUGGAGUCAUACAAAGCACUGCCAAUCUGGAAUAUCAGGGUGAAUCCGGUGCUCUCAAUGAGUCAUUUGCAGAUGUAUUUGGUGUCCUUAUAGACAGAGACGACUGGAAG